CUCGGGGUCACUGGGCCUAGGCUGAGGAGCGGGCGGCCGGGCUGAGGAUGCAGCGGGCGCGGAGCGGGGCCUGGGCGCUGGCCCGCCGCUUGUUGCGGGUCACCGGCGGCCGUUCUCAUGUUAAUUCAUUGGCGGCCCAGUGCCGAUUAAUACAAACAAGUUUACAGAAGCAACAGGAAGCAGCAGAAAAGGAGGGAGCUUCUACAGAGCUAACACAAUCCAGGCAGUCAGCAGAUUUCAGUAUCCUACCUCCAAUGCCAGGACAGGAGAGCUCUUUGCACUGGGAAGGCAAAAACUAUGAAGAUCUACAUAUAGUGCAUGUCAAGGCAACAUAUAAUAACACACACAUUCAGGUUACUACCCACGAUGGACAAAGUAUGGUGCGGACUUCAUGUGGUACUGAAGGGUUUAAGAAUACAAAGAAAGGAACCCCAAUUGCUGCUCAGACGGCCGGCAUUUCAGCAGCAGCGAAGGCAACUGACCGGGGAAUAACCUUUGUUCGUGUGAUGGUGAAAGGUUUGGGACCUGGCAGGAUGUCUGCCAUAAAAGGAUUAAGUAUGGGUGGCCUCCAGGUGGUUUCAAUUACAGACAACACUCCGAUCCCCCACAACGGCUGCCGACCACGGAAAGUCCGCAGGAUGUAAACCUUGCAUAGUGCAACUAAAGGAAUCAACAGGACCAGUCAUUUGUUCUAGAAUGUCGUCUUUUCAACAACAGCAAUGUGAAAUGUUUGAACUCUGAUUAUCAGAGGCUUGUCAGAAAAGUGAGUGUACCAGCUAAAGUGGACCAUGCUAGGUAAAUGAUGAGAUGUAUUCUAAUUCUGUGUGUUCCCAUUGAAGGGGCUGAUCAGGUGUUCAUUUUCACAGCACCAAGACUCUUCAUCCUAAUGAUCAUAGACAGCUACAAGAAGUGUCAUAAAAUAUUGAAAAUACGGCAAUUCAACUUUUUUGCCUCAAAAGCAUCCUUUUUUCUUGCCGGUUUUUUAAAAAUUAUUUCAUUACCUUAAAACUGAACUCCACUGCCUUUUUUAAAAAGUUGAUGUGGUAGCGUGAUAAUUGUAGAGAAAAAUUAGAAAUAGAUUAAAAUGAGAUGCAUGCAGAAGUCUGACCGCUCACCACGCCAGACGUGUUCCCCACUCUAAUCUUUUAAUGUCCAAUGUGUUCCCAGUGCAGUUUGAAUAGUAUAAUGAGCUAAUUCACCUCAGAGCUGCUGCAUUUAGACUGAUUUUGGGUUGUAGUAUGAAUGAAUUAUUGUUCAUCAAAAUUCGUUAAUAUUAAUUAAAGCCCUACUUUCCAUUCAGCAGGGAGCUGCUGAAUGCAAAGACUCAUUCUAUCCCAGUAAACCUGUAAUUUACAUCCACAACCUUCACGAAUACAUUAAAGAUAUUAAUGAACA